AUGGCCGUCAAGCAGCACUUUGUCCAGGAGCAACCCGAGCAGAACCCGUGGGUUCAGACUCCACUGAGGGAGUCUUAUGCGCUCUCUGAAGCAGCGGGAUGCAGAGUCUUUCUCAAGUUGGAGAACCUCCAGCCUUCCGGAUCCUUCAAGUCACGAGGCAUUGGCAACUACAUCCUCCGCCGUCUCGAAGAACUUCCACAAGGCUCGCGCCCUCACAUCUUUGCCUCUAGUGGCGGCAAUGCUGGUCUCGCUGCCGUUCACUCGGCUCGUGCCCUCAACCUUCUAUGCACCGUCGUCGUGCCCACAGCCACUGCACCCUUGAUGGUAGCUAAGCUCAGGGCUGCGGGAGCAUACGAGGUCAUCCAACAUGGUGCUGCAUGGAAAGACGCCGACGCAUACCUGAAGGAACAUGUCAUGCCCUACGCACAGACUGAAACCAUCUACUGCCCGCCAUUUGACCACCCCGACAUCUGGCAGGGAAACAGCAGCUGCAUGACAGAAAUCGCCGCGCAGAUGCCCGGCGGCGAAGAGCCCGACGUCCUUAUCUGCUCUGUCGGCGGCGGCGGCCUAAUCAACGGCAUCUGCCAGGCCAUGGACUCUCUCUCCAUGACCAAGACCACCAUCCUCGCCAUGGAGACUGCCGGCGCCGAGAGCCUGCACGCGGCCCUCCAAGCCAAGGAGCUUAUCACACUCCCCAAGAUCACGUCGCAAGCCACGAGUCUGGGGUGCGCGCGCGUCACCGACGCAACCUUAAAGUACGCACAGCGCGGCAACGUCCGCAGCAUCGUGUUGCCCGACGCCGAAGCCGCAAUGGGGUGCUGGCGCCUCGCCGACGACGAGCGCAUCAUGGUCGAGCUCGCAUGCGGCAUCAACGUCGCGCUCUGCUACGACGGCCGCUUGGAAAAGGCUCUCGGCCGCCCCGUCCGCCCAGAAGACAAGGUCGUCAUUGUCCUCUGUGGCGGCAGCAACGUCAACUCGAAGAUGCUGUGUGACUGGCGCAACGAGUACGCUUACAUUGAAGAAGAGUCCGAGGCCAGGCGCCGCAAGAGCGACUCGGCUAUCGGCAGCGAGACACAGAGUGAGACGGGUAGUGUCAAAGAUUUCGAUCUGGCUAAGCCCACUGUCCCGAGUGACUUGACUAAGCCUUUUGUUAUCGAGGGCAUUGAGCGGGAUUGUGUCGAGUGCUCUUCUUGAUUUAUGAUUCGUCUUGGUUUGAGCCCUUUUAGAUGCUCUUUUUUUUCCCAUCUUUUUUUCCUUCUACUUUUGGAUAAAGUUUGUGAGCGUUCUUUUUCUUUUCUUUUUGUUUUGUUAAGAAAAUAGAUCACGGCACUGCAUGUUUUUGGGAACCUGAACGAUGGUCUUACAAUAGCAACUUACUUACUUACUACUUACUACUUACCCUUACUGCCAACUAAUCCAUCCAUAAAUCCUUUCAUUCCUCACAUGUACUACAGGAAAUACCUCCCCCACACCCGCUCUUCUCCGUUGCAUGUGCAUGUUCUAGCCUGCUUCCAUGCCGGCCCUUAUUUACUCGCAGCU